AUGGCGGCGCCAGGGGUCGACCAGGAGGCCGUCCUGCGGCUGAUGGAUACGACCGGCGCGGACGCCGACCAGGCGCGCUUCCUGCUGGAGGCCGCAAACGGGAGCUUCGACGUGGCAGCCCACAUGUACUUCGGCAUGGCUGUCGCCCUUAUCGCGGCCAACAGCGCCGCCGGGGACCCUGCUCAGCAGGCGGGCGAAUUUGCUGACGCGUUCCGGGCGGCGUUUGGAGAGCGCGGACCCCAGUGGCUGCGGCAGUCGUGGGGCCAGUCUACGGCGGCCGCACACGCGCAAUUCAAGUUCCUGUUUGUGUACCUGCAUGCGCCUGACCAUGAGGACACGGAGGCCUUCUGCCGCAACGUCCUGUGCUCUCAGGACGUCACAUCACACAUCGGGGAGCACUUCUUGGCCUGGGGCGGCGACAUUCGCCGCUCCGAUGCUUUCCUGCUGGCGUCGCGCCUGCACGUGACCACCUACCCGUGUGUGGCACUGCUGGCCUUCCCUGGUUCGCGCACAAAGGUGGUCGCCUGCGUGCAGGGCCGCUUCGGCGCCCCGCAGCUGCUGGCGGCGCUGCGGCGGGCGGCGGAGGAGCACGGGGUGCUGCUGACAGCGGAGCGGCUGCAGCACGAGGAGCGGGAGCAAUCGCGCGUGCUGCUGGACGAGCAGAACCGGGAAUACGAGGAGGCGCUGGCCGCAGACAGGGAGAAGGCGCUCAAGCGGCAGCAGGAGCAGGAGGCGCUCGAUCGCGAGGCCCGAGAGAGGGAGCAGCGCCAGGCGGCGGAGAGGGCCGAGCAGGAGGCCGCCGAGCGGCGCCGCACUGAGGCCGCUGACGCCCUCAACGCGCGCCGCGCCGCCGCCGCCGCCUCCCUCCCCCCCGAGCCCGCCCCCGGCGCGCCCGCCGCCGCGGUGCGCGUGCGGCUGCCCGACGGCUCCAACCACCUCCGGCGGUUCGGGGCCUCGGAGGCCGUCGGCCGCGUCUACGAUUGGGUCAACUCACUGGAGGGCUGCACCUUCCACAGGUACACCCUGGUGUGCAGCUACCCGCGCCGCGCGUACGACGCGGACAGCCGGGGCCUCACCCUGGAGGCCGCGGGGCUCGCGCCGCAGGGCGUGCUGUUCGUGCAGGUGGAGGACGACGAUGACUUCAUCGCUGGCGGGGGCGGCGCGCCUGCGGCUGCGGGAGCGGGGCCGUCGGGGUCGGGUGGGUGA